GCAAAAUGUACAUAUAAAAGUAGUAGAAACUAAUUCACCAAAAACAUGAACAUCCAAGCAAACUCUGUUCAUCUUUCAUAACUUCGUACAAUUAACUUAACAAACAACCUAUAGACACAUAUUCGAUUAAUUUUUUGAACAUGACGAAUAACGACAAUCCGAAUAUCAAUGAAAAAAAUAUAAAAAUAUUCGUUAGAGUUUUCCCAGUCGAAAAGAGCUGUGAAUCUUGCGCGAAGAUUGAUACAGAACGAAAAGUAAUUAAAUGUAUCUCUGUAUUAAAUAUUUCACGAAUAUUCUCAUUAUUAUUUUGGAUGUCUGUUCACGUUCAGAAAAUAUACAUAAGAUGCUUGCAAGAGAUGCAACCGAACAGGAUAGCCACAGUGAAAAAACCAUCUUAUUGGUGUUUUCAAAUUGACGAUAUAUUCCACGAUUCCUCCCAAGAAGAAGUGUAUCGUGUUUCCACGGAAGAGCUUGUGCCAAAAAUUUUAGACGGAGUAAGUUGUAUUUUAAUGGGCUUCGGGCAAACGGGAUCGGGGAAGAGCUUCACGAUUAGUGGUGUAAGGAACAAUUGGGAGCACAGGGGUUUGGUUGUACGGCUAAUAUCCGAUAUGUUUGCUGAGAAAAUGCACAGGAAGAAAAGUAACAAGAUACAAUAUUGUGUCAGUUACGUCGAACUGCAUGGAAAAGAAGCAAAAGACUUGUUGAUUUACGAUACUGAGAACAGGGUCAGAAUAAAUGAGCGAGAUCCUUUCAAGGAUAUUUCUAUGGUACUCGUGGAGAACGAGGAGGAGGCUCUUAGAAAAAUAUUUGAAGGAGAAGUUAGAAGAUCAACCGUAAAAGGUUCGAGGUAUUCCGUAUCUCAUUUAGCUACCGCUGUGAUCACUUUUCAUGUGUCUAACAUCAGCUUAAUUACAUCUUGGGGUACUGUGACUAUGGCCAAGAUGCAUAUCGUUGAAGUGGCUGGAAUAGGAACAGUAGGGAAAAAUAAUUGUUGGAAAGCGGCCAUGGAUGUCGGUAUCGCUAACUUGACGAAGACUCAACUCGAGCAAUUCUUCUCGUACUUAUCGGAAGAAAGAAUAUCUGCUAGUACCUUGAUACGUUCUAGUAAUUUAUUGAAAAUCCUAGGCAGCGCUUUUUCUGUCUCGUCCAUAAUCAGGUUCAUAUCGCACAUUCGCAUCAAGGAGGAGGAUCUGAAUAUCACAUUGUCCACUCUAAGAUUUACCGCGAAAAUCGCAAAACUAAAACCAGUCAGAGUGAAAGAAAAUGUUCAAUGUCAGCCCGAUUUGUUGCUGUACAGACUUCAGGAUGAGGUGAACGCUUUGAAGAAGGAAUUGAUGAUGAACGAUUUGUUUCUUCAUCAAGAGUCUCCAAUGAAUGUCUCGAAAUCACGAAUGGAGCAAAUUAAUCGUAGCGUUUUUAAAUUUUUGGAUGGCAAGAUUUCGGAUUUCACGUUGUUUAAUGUGUCUCAGGCUCAAACACUGUUGAAGAUUAUCAAGGAUUUAUAUAACAGAUUGACUUCCUCGGAGCUCGAAGUUGCUAAGUUGAAGGAGACGUACGAAAAUGUUCUGAAAAGUACAGCGCAAAUGAAUACCCAGUCAGCCAAGGAAGAUAUUUUGCCUACUGAUAGUCGGAGGAAUAUACAAGAAAUUGAGAAAUCUACCGAAGAAACGAGUAAAGAAGUUGGAAGUUUAAAUGAAUUUGGUAUGACUCUGGGACCUUACAAGAGAGAAGAAAAAGAAGAAAAGCUUAGCGCGGAAGGAAUGCUUCUAAAUAAAAAAUAUUCAUUAAUAAGUGGACAAAUUCAUAAAAUUGAUAUCACAGAGGUUCGUCAAAUGUUCGAGAACUUUUUGAAGGAAAAGAGAGAAUACGCAAGAAUCAAAGCGAUGCUGGAUAAAAUUGGAAAAAUGCUAAACGUCAUGCGACCUAGAUUCUCAAACACGAUGGAAAAAUAUUUUCAGGCAAAGAGGAAUCUGGAUAACGUGCGUGAUGCACUAAGUAAACAUCAGCAAAUUCGAUACAUUAUGGAACCAGAAGUUUCUAACAACGUUAAACAGGAAAUUCCGGAAAUUGAGAAGAUGAUCCAUCGCGAUAUUUUAUGUCACGAAAAAAUAUUGAUAAAUUUGGAGGAAGAGGUGAAACAGGAACAGGACGAGAUUGACAAAUUAUUCGAGCAGUAUGCUGAAAUGUGUUCGAAGUUAGAAUCAGGGUUUCGAGAAUACUGUAAAACCAUGGAUCUGUUAUUGUAUCAUAACGAUAAGCCAAUGAAAAUGUUGUUGGAACCUGUUGAACAGAAGUCAUUAGAAACAAUGCGACAAAAGUUCAACAAGUUUCAGCGCGCGAUGUUUCGCAAGAUCGAGUUGAAGAAAGAAAAGUAUUUCGAUAUGUUGUUGAAGGAAGGGAAAAGAUACGUAGUCGUAAUGCAGGAAUUGUAUGAUCAUUAUAAAACAAGUUCGGUCGAAUAUAAGGACCUGCUAUAUAUGAUGGAUCGUUAUACAAGAUAUAAAACACAGUUAAGGGAAGACAUGGAAGAAUUCAAGGAGUUGGUCGAGGAAUUAAAUGACAUUGUAGAGGAGGAGAUAAUAGACGAAGACGAAGACGAGGAUCAGUUUGUACCUAUAGAUCUGGAAUUUGAAGAAACAGACGAAGAAAAUGAGGAUGAGUUUGUUCCCAUGGAAGUGGAAGAGAUCGAAGAAUCAGAUGAAGAUGAUAUUUUUUUUCAGGAAGAAAUUCGAUAUUUCCAUAACAUAAUAAAUCAAAGGAAUAUCUUGGCAAAUAUAGAAAUAAUACUUCUGCAGAUACUUAAUGGAUCACAGAUGAAUCUACAAUUAACAGUAUAUUCGAACUUGAAGAUUUUUUUAAAAAAUUAUUGUGAAGAAGUGAGAGCAGUCCUUAAACACAAUGUGAAAUUUAUAGAAUCUCUAAAUGAUUAUAAGAAGAAAGAAUUAGCCAAUAGAAUUCAAAAUAAAUAUAAAAAACUGCAGGAACUUUUAAAUGAUAUUAUCGAGAAACAGAAGUUUUUCACGGAGAUUGGGGAUAUAAUUAAAUGUAAGCGAAAAUAAUACAAAGAAUUUCUGUUGUAAAAAGAAAACUAAUUUAUUUUUGUAAUUAAUUUCUUAUAAUAUUUCUAUUUUGUA